AUGCCCAUUGACCUGGUCGAGGUUCUCAAUCAAGAGGCGCCGGGUCAAAAUGUAUCACAGGUUCUCGGCGUUGCGUGGGCAUUCAAGGCCCUUCUGGGCGGGCUUCCGGGGGGUAUCCUAGGGUCGACUGAGCUUCACUGCGUUCUGGUGGAUAUUUACUACAAACAUGUGGGCGGUAUCAUUGGGCGGGAACCCUGUAGCGACGACCGCUCGUUACCAGGGCGAGGAGCGAAGUCUACGGCAAUUGGUCUUGCGAUCCUAGCGCUCACGCGUCCCCUGCAAUACAAUCUGAUCUGCGCCGUUUUCGGGCUUAGUGCGCACCUCCUCCAAGAGACGGCACGAUCGGUGGAGUUGAAGCAACAGGGAAUUCGGAGUGGGGAUACCUCGGGCGUGAUGACUCCCGAGAGCCUAGGGCGGAUUCUGGGGCCGCUCCUUACGGACAAGCAGAAGGACGACCAAGACAUGUUCCGGGCCAUCGAGUUGGAGAUCGAGAGCCAGCGGGUGGCCGUGAUGUUGGUGGAUGGAUGGGUUGACGUGAGCCGACGAUUGCGACGAUGGCAGAGUCGAGGCCUUCCAUCCGCGGCACACGGUGGGGAGCGCCGGAGAUACAGUCUGCAGUCUAGAAGGACCGCCAGCAGCGACGAGACCGGGUGA